AUGGCUCACUUCCACCUGGAGCCCAACAUUCCAGAACAUCAGGCGGCCUCGGGAAACACUACGGGGAAGCCUUGUGGACACAGCGUCGGGGAAACAGCUUCGCUGGUCCCAGUUCCCCAUUCAACCUCUAACAAACCCUGCCCCGAAGACGACGGUGCCGCCCACCACCGUUGCAGUGCCCCUAGGAGGUUGCUGCAACAAAAUACCACAGACCAGGGGGCUUGCACGAUAUUCUGUACUCACGGUUCUGGAGUUUACAAGUCCAAGAUCAAGGUGCUGGCAGAUUCAGUGUCUGCGGUCCAAGGUGCAGGGAGCCUUCUCCAGCGCCAGGCCCUUCACUGGUUAUGCAACCUGGAGAAAACUGUGCAGUCUCUGAACCCUAGGCGCAUACCUGUGAAAUGUCCAGUUGGUGGUUACUCUGGGUUAAUAUUCUCAGCCUGUUCCAUGGGAAACGGCACGAGCAGACUCUAUAGUGCUCUUGCCAAGACACUGAACAGCAGCGCUGCCUCCCAGCACCCAGAAUAUUUGGAGUCACCUGACCCAGAACAUCUGGAGCCCAUUGAUCCUAAAGAGCUCCUUGAGGAAUGCAGGGCAGUCCUGCACAGUCGACCUCCCCGGUUCCAGAGGGACUUUGUGGAUCUGAAGACAGAUUGCCCCAGUAGCCACCCACCUAUAAGGGUCAUGCAAUGGAACAUCCUCGCUCAAGCUCUCGGGGAAGGAAAAGACAACUUCGCACAGUGCCCCGUGGAAGCACUCAAGUGGGAAGAGCGGAAGUGUCUCAUCCUAGAAGAAAUCCUAGCCUACCAGCCUGACAUCUUGUGUCUCCAAGAGGUGGACCACUAUUUUGACACCUUCCAGCCACUCCUCAGCAGACUGGGCUAUCGAGGCACAUUUUUCCCCAAGCCCUGGUCACCUUGUCUCGAUGUAGAACAUAACAAUGGACCAGAUGGCUGUGCCUUGUUUUUCCUCCAGAACCGCUUCAAGUUAGUCCACAGCACCAAUAUCAGGCUGACGGCCAUGGCAUUGAAAACCAACCAGGUGGCCAUUGUACAGACCCUAGAGUGCAAGGAGUCCAGUCAACAGCUCUGCGUCGCGGUCACCCACUUGAAAGCACGAUCCGGCUGGGAGGAGUUUCGAUCAGCUCAAGGCUGUGAUCUUCUCCGGAACCUGCAGAACCUCACCCAAGGAGCCAAGAUUCCCCUUAUUGUUUGUGGGGACUUCAAUGCAGAGCCAACAGAGGACGUCUACAAAAAUUUUGCUUCCUCCAGCCUCAACCUGAGCAGCGCCUAUAAGCUGCUGAGUCCAGAUGGGCAGUCAGAACCUCCGUAUACUUCCUGGAAGAUCCGGACCUCGGGGGAGUACCGGCACACCCUGGACUACAUCUGGUAUUCUAAACACUCUCUGAGUGUGAGGGCAGCUCUGGAUUUGCUCACUGAAGAACAGAUUGGAGCCAGUCGGCUCCCAUCCUUCAAUUAUCCUUCCGACCACCUGUCUCUAGUGUGUGACUUCAGCUUUAAUAAGGAACCUGAUGGACUUUCAUAAACACUUUGUAAUCACAAGUCUUAACCAGGGAUGUUUCAGGAAAACUGAAGUUAGGAUACGUUGCCUGAGGAAGGAUUCCAUUUCUCUCACUUCACUUUCCAUGUUUCCAGCAUGCCUCAGGGAAGGAAUCCCAUUAGUUAACAAACGUUUUCCAUUAAACCCUUCAGCGAAAAAGGUGUUUGCACUCCAGUUUUGGCUUGUUUUUUUUUCUCCUUUCCCCUAGCAUUAAAUUUAGAUCAAUUAAGGGCAUUAAAUUAGUCUUGUUUUGAAGCUUUCAGUUUGAUGACGCUAUAUAAAAAUACUUUGUCUUCCAUAAUUAGCAAGUAUGCAGGAACAAUUUCCUCUAGACAGUAUUUCAAGUUAUUUAUUUGUGGUUUUAAGUAUCAACAAGAUAUGCAUGGCAGUAUUUAUUUUUUAUAUCUUCAUGUGAAAAUAAUAGCAUUACAAACAUUUAAGAACCAUGCAAAAUGUAAGUUAGAGAGUAAUUUAUAGUAAUUUUCUUAAGGCUUUAAGAUGUUUUUAUUUGGGGUCUAACAAAAUAGUGUACAAAGAAACUAUUUAGCCUGGAGGCCCCAGUGGUUUGUUUUUUUGUUUAAGUGGAAAUAGCUGGUCUCGAUAAGUUCUUCAUAACAAUUCUUGCUGUGCCUCCAUGUUCCCCAUUAUUGUAUUUCUUGAAGAUUCCAUGACCAGUUGGUCUUUGUCAUUUAAUCACUGCUAUGCAUUUACAGAUUUCUGUUGGAAUGCUAUUGGUAUACAUUUGAUUUGUGGCCACUCAGUGUCACAGUGAUUUGUAUUGGAAUGUGCUGUUCACGAUGGGUUAUUUACGAGCAGUGGCUGGUAAAGUCAGGGGGACCUUCUUUUCAGAGAUGGGCAACCAGAAAGCCUGUUCACAAGGCUGUCAUUGUAAUUUCCUAAUACAGCCAGGUGACUGGCUCAGUGUCUAGAAAGAAUGUAAAAGGAAAGAUAACCUGGAAUUCCCUUUCCUUGGGGGAAAAAAGUGGUCAAGAUAACAGGUGAAGCCCCUUCCAAACAAAAUCCCAGCAAAUAACGUAUGGGUAAUAAGUUGAAUAUUUUAAUCCAUGAAUUGUAUAUAUUUAAAAUUAAUAAAUGGUCUUUUGAAACUAG